AUGGCUCCCACCAAAUGGAUCACUGCGGUGCUGGCAGGCUGCCUUUCCGGUUCUGUUCUUGCAGCUCCGACUGCAACCAGUGACAACCAGAUCGUCAAGCGCGCAAGCAUUAACGACGCGGCUACCGGUUACGCCAGCGAGAAUGGGGGCACUACUGGCGGUGCUGGUGGUACUACGACGACCGUCUCCUCAUACGCAGCCUUCACGGCCGCAGUUGCGGGAGAUGCCAAGAAGGUUGUGGUUGUCAGUGGCACCAUCACCCAGACUGCCGAUCAAGCUCGUGUGGGCAGCAACACCAGCAUCAUCGGUAAGGACUCGAGUGCGAAGCUGGUGAAUUUUGGCAUUCUUGUCAAGGAGGCCUCCAACGUCAUCAUUCGCAACCUUGGCAUCUCCAAGGUGCUGGCUGACAACGGAGAUGCUAUCGGCAUUCAAUACUCCAACAAUGUCUGGGUGGACCACUGCGACGUGUCAUCCGACAGAGAUCAUGACAAGGACUACUACGAUGGUCUGAUUGACAUCACCCACGCAGCUGACUACGUCACGGUCUCCAACACCUACCUCCACGACCACUGGAAGGCCUCGUUGAUCGGUCACUCGGACAACAACGGCGACGAGGACACCGGGCAUCUGCACGUUACCCAGAACAACAACUACUGGUACAACAUCAACUCCCGGACUCCCUCAAUUCGCUUUGGCACUGGUCACAUCUACAACAGCUACUUUGACAGCGUCAACGACGGAAUCAAUACUCGUGACGGUGCCCAAGUCCUUGUCCAGUCCAACACCUUCGUUGGCUCCAGCAAGCCUCUCUACUCUACCGAUGACGGCUAUGCUGUCGCCAAUGACAAUGACUUCGGUGAUGGCGAGAACACUGCUGAGGCCGGAACCUUGACAUCUGUGCCCUACUCCUACACUCUUGUCGGAUCCGGAAACGUCAAGAGUGCUGUUAUCGGUACUGCUGGUCAGACUCUGAGCUUCUAA